UUCUAAAUUCUCUCUUCUUCUCUUCAAGAAAUUUCCCAAUAGAAAACCCUAGGUUUCUUCUAGGGUUUUAUCAAAAGAAAAUAAUGGAUCCAGAGCAAACUUUCCUUCGAGUUCACGCUCGGCUCUCUGGAAUGCUCUCUCAGCUGCUCACUCCACGGAUUCGAUUGGUGCUCGAGUACGUGUAUCUCGCCGUCGCAGUCGCCGCUCUCCAUUUUUUUUUAUUUUUUGAGAUUUAUUUUCCUGGUUGUUCUAGCGAGCUUUCGGGGAUUAAUUUCACUGAAGCUCAACUGUUCCAGAUCAAGAUAACAAGUGGUGAGCUUUGGGCUAGGAUUUCAGCUGAGCAGAAUAUGGCGAAUUCUCAGAAGCAGGAAAGUCCAAUUGAGAAUACCAAAACUCCUGAUGUACAUGGAGAUGGGUUUACAUUUUUUUCAACCAACUUUUGGUCACAUUGGAUAGGUUCAGGUGCUAGAAGAAGCAAAUUGAUUUUUAAAUCUUGGAGAAGUGAUAAAGAGUUUCUUGAACGUCAAGUAGAAAAGGGUGCUGAUAACGCUAUGUCUAGUUCAGAGGAAGUAGCUUCAAAAUCUGAAACAGAGGAACCGCGAAAGGGGCGUUCAGUGACUGCCAGGGAAGCACUCAAAGCAGCACUCUUUCACUUCUGCAGUGAAUUCAAUAUUUAUGUUUCUUAUUACUGGAGAAUUGCAAGACAAAUUUUAGGCCACGGCAAUCGAACUCCGAACUCUGCAGGGUGGUAUGUUCCAAAGCUUUCAGAGUUGUUUCACAUCGAACAUCUGAACUCUUUACUGGUGCAGUGGCUUGAAAGGAGAAGCAAAGCAUUUGAACCGACUUAUUUGUACACUUCUGAGAAGGGAUAUUUCUUGCUUCCUGAAGUGGCUAAAACUCAGCACAACAUCAGAACUGUUAAUGUUACAAUGUCCGCUGAAAAUUCCUGCUUUGGAAACAGGUGGCAAAAACUUCUCAUCAACAGUCUUGUCGGAUAUGAUACAAUCCUUAUGAAUACUUUAUUGAGUUAUCCUGGUCAAGGUUAUCUUUAUAACUACCAGACAAAGGAGUUCUAUGAUCUUAGCUAUGGUCAUGAAUCAACAGGCCCUUCCCGUUUUGGAGAUUAUUUUGUGACCAAAUGCGGUGUCCUGAUAAUGUCAUUAUUUGUUUUCUUUACUACAACCAUGUCAGUAUCCUUUACUCUGAGGGAAACACAAUCCCGCAUGCUUAGGUUCACAGUGCAGCUACAACACCAUGCUCGCCAUCACCUUCCAACAUUCCAGUUAAUCUUUGUUCAUGUAAUUGAAUCUUUGGUUUUUGUACCGAUAAUGAUUGGUAUUCUGUUCUUUCUAUUCGAGUUCUACGAUGACCAGCUUCUUGCAUUCCUGGUCUUGACUCUUGUUUGGCUGUGUGAACUUUUUACCAUGAUCAGUGUUCGAACUCCGAUAUCAAUGCAGUUCUUUCCUCGCUUCUUCUUGCUCUAUUUCUUGGUGUUUCACAUCUACUUCUUUUCUUACGCUUACGGUUUCUCUUAUUUGGCCUUUUCAGCAACUGCAGCUUUCAUGCAGCACUUGAUUCUUUACUUUUGGAACCGCUUUGAGGUUCCAGCCCUACAGAGAUUCUUGAGGACACGAGCUCAGUUUCAGCAACAAUCAAGUGUUCAGAUCACAUCUUCAACCAUAUACACAUCAACACUGCAUAUAGCUAGAGUAAAUGUUCGAAAUCCAAACAUGGCCAAUGUCGAUCUCGGAGUUGGGCCUGAUAUGCGCACAAGGCCCACCCAAGCUGAGCCUGAUGGCAUUACAGAAGCUUCUAGAGCUCAAGAUCAAGUAACAAGGGAGAGUCCAGUUUCAGCUACAGGAGAUCCCCUCCAUUUCACUGGAUUAACACCUCAACAACAAACUGAAGCAGCAGCAGCUGCUACUCCCAAUUCUGGAUCUCUAAACCCUUUGAGCUCUUUCCUCCUUAGAAUUCUAGGAGGCGCUUCAUCAGAUGGGAUUGUUUCCUUCUUCUCCAUGUUUAGAGAUUUGAGAGAUCAAGGCCAUCAUUACACUCAGCCGCCG